GGGAUGAAAUGUACAGUAUAGGGAAUACCUCAAUAAUAUUGUAAUAUCUUUGUAUGGUGAUGAUGGUAACUAUACAUGGUGGUGAGCAUUUACUAAUGUAUGUAACUUUGAAUUACUAUAUAUCUGAAACCAAUAUAAUAUUGUAUAUCGACUAUAGUUGAAUAAAAAAUUACUUUAGCCCCCAGUAUUUAAGAAAUGGAAUUGGAGCCUCAAUCACAUUGUUCUUUAAAAAUAAACCUGUAACACCCUAGCUUUGUUUUUCUUGAAUUUAAUUUUAAAAAGAAGAGCUUUUAAGUAAUUUAAAUAGAGACAGGUUACACCACUGGAAGAAAAGAAUUCCUUAAUUUUUGAGUAAUGCUUUCCUCACUCUGUGGCUGUUCCGCUUGGGGUGGGAGGGGGAGGCGGGCGGUCAGCCUAAUGCAGUUGCGGCUGCGCAGCCCCGAGCAUCCCGAGUGGUCCCGACCUGGAGGCGCCAGCGCCCGCCUGGGGCAGAGGGAGACUGACGCGCUUGGGCUGCUGCCGCAACCUCCCCAAAGCCCUCUGCCUCCCUACCGCUCCAGAGCAGGCAGGCCAGCCCCUGCGCCGGCCAGCCUCCUGAGUCCGCGCAACGGCGUGCUAGGAAGGCAGCCGGGAACGCGCCUCCAGGAAAGACAUCGCGCCGAAGCCGGCUUCGGGACCAGAGCCCCACCGGGCGGGGCUGGGAAGGGGUAGUCCUCUCUUCAGCCCUCGCCGAGAUGCCCAACGCUUCGAGUCCCGAGCCGGGACUGGCCUGCCCCAACGCGUCGAGCCCGCAGCCACCGCCGCUGCCGCCGUCGCUGGCCGUGGCCGUGCCGGUCGCCUACGCGGUGAUCUGCGCCUUGGGGCUGGCGGGCAACUCGGCGGUGCUGUACGUGCUGCUGCGGGCGCCGCACACCCAUACGGUCACCAACGUAUUCAUCCUGAACCUGGCCAUCGCCGACGAGCUCUUCACGCUGGUGCUGCCCGUCAACAUCGCCGACUUCCUGCUGCAGCGGUGGCCCUUCGGGGAACUCAUGUGCAAGCUCGUUGUGGCCAUCGACCAGUACAACACCUUCUCCAGCCUCUACUUCCUCGUGGUCAUGAGCGCCGACCGCUACCUGGUGGUGCUGGCCAGCGCCGCGUCGCGCCGGGUGGCCGGCCGCUCGUGCCGCGUCGCGCGCGCAGUGAGCCUGGCGGUGUGGGGGCUGGUGACGCUGCUGGUGCUGCCCUUCGCGGUCUUCGCCCGGCUCGACGACGAGCAGGGCCGGCGCCAGUGCGUACUAGUCUUCCCGCAGCCCGAGGCCUUCUGGUGGCGGGCGAGCCGCCUCUACACGUUUGUGCUGGGCUUCGCAGUGCCUGUGUCCACCAUCUGCGUCCUCUACACCACCCUGCUGUGCCGGCUGCACGCCAUACGGCUGGACAGUCACUCCAAGGCGCUGGGCCGCGCUAAGAAGCGGGUGACUCUCCUGGUGGCGGCCAUUCUGGCGGUGUGUCUCCUCUGCUGGACGCCCUACCACCUGAGCACCGUGGUGGCGCUCACCACCGAUCUCCCGCAGACGCCGCUGGUCGUCGCCGUCUCCUACUUCAUCACUAGCCUGAGCUACGCAAACAGCUGCCUCAACCCCUUUCUCUACGCCUUCCUGGACGACAGCUUCCGCAGGAGCCUCCGCCAGCUGCUGGCCUGCCGCGCCACCGCCUGACAGCCCGCCAGGCCUUCCCGGCCCCGCGCCGGGGUUGGGGAAGCCCGCGCGCUUCCGCCAAGGAACUUGUGGAGACGUGGAUCCUCGGGCUCCACCUCAGCCCUAGUGAAGCCCACGCGCCCUGGCUGUGCCCGCAGUCUGAAUCAGCCGAGCCUCCCGGGGAUGCAGGAGCACCGAGUGUGAGGACCAAAGAGAACACACACUGGCCGCUCCCUAAUGCCAAAGGGCACCGAGUCCACCCCGAAGUAGACACGGGAGAGGUGAGGGGCGGGAAGGGGUGGCAUUGCCGGGAGCCUUUUCGCCUUCUCUCCUCCCCUCGCCCCAAAACUGUCCGUCUGCCAGGCUCUAAGUGGCGUCCUGGACGCGAGGAGGGGAGGCCCGAGGGUGCCGCGGCAUCGGCUCCACACUCGCCACAGCACUUCGUAUCUUCCUCCAGGCAGCGAUUAUUUGUGCUUUUGUUCAGGCUGGCGGGCAGCGCCUGGGUCUUCCCCGCCCUGUAGGCUCUCUGUGGCCACCAAGAGCACGGGGAUGGCUGCCUGAGCCUCUGAGACAGGGAGACAGGGGAAAGCGCGCGCGCGCGCGCGUGUGUGCACGUGUGUGCAUGCGCGCGUGCGGGGGGUGUUGUGGGUGUUGAUUGUGUGCGUAAGCGCGCGUAUCCCGGGAGGCAUGGGGUUUGUGUGAAGGAGGGUAGAGCUUGGCUGUGACCGCCUCUCACGGUGUUAAGAACAGGGAUAAGCCCUUCCCGCUGCAGCCCCUCUCUCCUGGCAUUCCGCUCUCCUACCCCUUCUCUUGCUUGAAAACGCUGGGUAGUCGGACACUCCCACCCGCAGGUCGCCGGGGACAGGCGCGGAGUCGGUCGGGCGCGCGGUUGCGGCGCCCUCUUGCGGAGCUAGCUGCCCAGCGCCGAGCAUCUCAACGUGCAGCCCCGCACCUACUAACCUCUUGAUCACACCGCGCUGACAAAGUCGCCGCUUCCUUCCACAUAUGACUUCGUUUUUCCCACACCCUUUGCCCGAGUCUCCUACGACCUGGACCAGUACGCUGCAAUUCUUUAUGUAUUGAAUUUUCAGGCCUGAGAAUUUUAUAAAUACGUAUGCACUAAUCUCACAAGUUUCUGUGAGGAGCGAAUGAGAUGAAAGAGAAA